UUUACCUUUUACAAUCUCUGCCACUCUCUUUCCCCUCCUCACCCCAGUGGGAUUGUCUGUUCUUUCAAGUCUGGCAGUUAAACACGCCAUUGUUCUGCCAUUGCCAUAUUCCGAUCUCUUAAACCGAUCUAUCAACAUCCUUUCUCACCCAUACCCCAACUAUUGCAUAAAUGCUGCCCCCUCCACACUUCACUUCAGCCCUGAUAAAGUCAUCUGGACUUGGAAACGUUAGCUUGCUCUCUGUCCAAGGAUGCUGCCUUGGCCCUCUGUGAUUUCCAGCUUUGUUUUAAUUUCAGUAUGUAAUGACAUCCCUGGUUGAUUAAUUACAAUAAUACAUAAAAAAUAAUCACAUUUAAAAAAAAACACUCCUUCGGAAGUAACUUUGUCAUGACAUCAUGUAUGACACUCCGAAAGUGAAACUCUUGGUCCACCGUCAAUGCUUGCUUUGAGAAUUAGGCGAUUGGGUCCGAGGCUUUCAGGCAGUGACUUGUUCCAAUCACCCGGCAGCUUCUUGAACGGUCACACAGACCUUCCCCAUCCGUCGCUCAUCACAGUUUCGUUUUCCCAGCUUGAGUGAUGUCGAACGAGCAGCAAUCAGACCGGACCGCAAUUGCUAUGGCGACUGGAUCAGAAGUAAGAGUUGAGGAAUGUUUUCAGUGUUUGCUCUGCAACCAACCAGUCACCAAGCCCAAACUUCUCCAGUGUCUUCAUACCUUUUGUGUAGAUUGCCUGCAGCAAGAAAGGAGUGGAACAGGUGUCAAAUGUCCCAUCUGUGAGAUGGUGACUAGGGGAGAUCCUAGCUCCUUACAGGACAACAUACUUGUGGCAAAUCUACAGGACAAAGUGAAGAAACAUCAUCAGAUUCUUGACACUGCAGAGCUGUCCUGUACCUCCUGUGAAGCCAGCACUUCUCCUGAGGCCAGCACUCCUCCGGAGUUCAUGUGCCUUGAGUGUGACAAGUUCCUGUGCAGCAAGUGCUUUCACAUACAUCAAGUGCUGAUGAUCGAUCAUCAGAAGCAUGUUCAGACCUUGGGGACACUGAGAAAACUGGACUCUGAUGAGUUCUUGAAGAUCCUUACAAGACCAAAGCAUCUUUUUUGCAGUACUCAUGAUGAUCAGCAAAUUAGUCUAUACUGCAGGACUUGCUCAGUGUGGUUGUGUGUCCUGUGCUUGGUGUUGGAACAUAAGGACCACAACUGCUGUGGUAUCAGGAAGCAGAUUGUCACAUUCAAGAACGAUCUCAGAGAGACGCUGGGGUCAGUACAAGAGAAUGAGACAAAGUUUAGUAAAACGCAGGAGGACCUGGAGAUGCUUGUAGACAAGCUGAACAAUGAUAAAUAUAAAAUGGAAGAGCUCAUUAAUGCAAGAGUUAAAGCUGCCAUUGAAAAGGUGAAGGAGGAAGAGAACAGGCUACUGAAUGAGCUGAAGGACCUUCACUCAGCCAGAGUACAGAAGUUGCAGGAAAGUUUAACAAGAACAGAGAAUACACUAAAAAGAAUGACUGUGAGCAAAACUUUGGUGUCCCAGUUGCUUCGCUAUGCAACAGAGCAGGAGAUCUUGGAACUUCAAGGAACUGUUAAAUCAGCACUCCUCGGCCUCCAGAGAGAGCAGCCUCUUGAUGUACAAAUGGAGAACACAGUGAUAAAUUUUCAGGAAUGUUGGGCUCUUCCAAAGAAAAUGCUGGGCAACCUGAUCAUCUCAAAAAUGAAAUUAAACUCAGUUCCCGAUGAGAACGUACAGUUGCCUCAAUACAAUAAUCCAGAAAGGUGUGGUACAAAGGAUUCGAUGCAGAGAUCUCUGAAAUACUGCGACAAAAGGAAAUGUGAUGCACAAGCGGAAACUCUACCUCCUAUGAAACAGUGUGUGAAGGAGGAGGCAAGCAAGAGUGCAGAGGCAACUGUCACUAUUUCUUCUUCCAACAACAGUACAUGCAGUUCUGUCCCUUGCAUAGAGAGUGUCACUUCCUAUGCCCGGGACAAUGAAAAGCAAACAGAUUCUUCCAUUCUAGAUACAGUAGUGGAGCUAAUACAAAUAGAUUCAGAAGAUUCCAACUGAGAUUCAUCGGAGGUGAACAUCCUAAUGUGAUAUGUGUCUGGAAAGUUUGAAGCAGAAGUGCAGAGAGCAGCUGUCUUCAGCAAGCAAUCUUUAAUAUUUGUAACAAACUGGAGUGCACUGCCUGAAAGGGAGGCAGAACAAAUUUCAGCAGAUUCAAAAGACAAUUGAAAAUUUACAAGGAAAAGUGUGGAAAAACUGAGAGGAUACCUCCAAUCUGUGUUUGUUAAUGUGGUGCUGUAUAACCUGAAACAGAGAAAACAGGAGCAGAGAUGGACCAUUUAAUAUCACCAUGGCUGAUCAUCCUACUCAGUCCCCUGUUCCUUCUCAUAUCCUUUGAGCCCCAAAACCUACAACUCUCUCCUUUUUGAAAACAAUGUUUUGGGCUCAGCUGCUUUAUGUAGUAGUGAAUUCCAAAGGCUCACUAAUCUCUGGAUGAAGAAAUUUCUCAUCUCAGUUCUAAAUGACCUACCUGGUAUACUUAGAUUGUGAUCCCCGAUUGAUCAUGACACAAUAUAUUUAGAGAAAUUGGGAAGAGGGGGACAGCGAUCUGCACUCACAUAUUCUUGGAUAUAUAUAUUGGUCUCACUUCUAGCAAUUUCCUUAUUUUAAAGAUUUAUAUUUAGACAUUGUUGGACUAAAACAUUAUUUUUAAACAAUCAAGCUGUAUCUAUUGCACAAUGGAAACUGUGACAAAUGCAAUAUUUUCCCAGGUCAGGACCCAUUGUUAUUGUUGAAUACUGGUCAACGCUGUUUAAACUGUCUCAUGACAUAAUCGAAGGCCAAGUACAUUACUGUAUGCUUAUACAGUAAAGAAUAGCCCCCAGUACACCAUCAUGAAAAGUACUGAGAAGCUAGGUACAUAUUACAGUAAAUGCAGAGAUGGGAUUAAUCCGCAGUGCUUAAGCAGGUGUUUUAUGAUCACAUGCAAAUUUCUGUUCAAGUCACUCACCAUUCUGACUUGGAAAUAUAUCACUGUUCCUUCACUGCCACAGGGUUAAAAUCCUGGAAUUCCCUUCCACGUGGAUUGCAGUGGUUUCAAGAAGACAUCACCUUCUCAACAGCAUUUACAGACGGGCAAUAAAUGCUGACCACCAUUGAUGCCCAGCUCCCAAAAGUGAAAUAAAACAAAAAAAAAUCUAACACUCAAGUCACAAAUGACAUCAUAAAUAAUCAUGAUAAAGGAAAAAUAUUCCUCCUCAUCCUUCCUCAGCUGUUUGCAGCCUUGAACAUGGUAACCACACCAUCUUCAUCCAAUGACUCCCCAGCAUUAUCCACUGAGUGGGAUGCUCUCACCUGGUUCCAUUCUUAACUAAUUGUAGCUAGAGAAACAAUUGCAGUGACCUCUCUUUCUGCUCCACACAGUUACAUCUGGUGUCUCAAAAUCCCCCACACCAGUUCUUUUAUCUUCUUCACAAAGUAAGUUAUGAAAGAGGACUUGAGGAAUUUUCAAAAGAAUAUAGAUAAGUGUGCAGGCAAAAAUUUGACAGGUGCAGCAUAAUGUGGGGAAGUAUGAUCUUGUACACUUUGGCAGGAUGAAUAUCAUCAGAAAAUGAAAAUACCAGAUGAGCCCUCGUGUGCUGUAAUGACUCCACAGCACAGAAUGAAGUGAUUGUAACUGCUGUCAGGAUAACAUGAACUCUCCUGGAACAUGUGCUGCUUGUGAUCACACAACAUCUGCAUGUUGAGGCAGUGGAAUCCCUUUGGGUUUCAGAAAAUGGCUGAGUUCACACGAGGUGCUCAGAAGGCAAUGUGUGGUCAGUCAGUGACAUUCUGCAAGGCCGAAGUCAGCAAUUUAAGAAAAACCUUGUACUUGCUCCUCCUAUAUGUUUCUUCCUACAGGGAGAACUAGCCAUUUAGAUACAGAACUGGCUUGAAGGGAGAAGACUAGAUGAGUCUCUCCUGUGCUGU